GCUGAUUUACAGCUUGUGGCACCAGAGUUAGAGGAGGGUAGAUGUUUGGAUAACCACAAGGUCAUAGCUAUUCCAAGCUUGCUUGACGAUUUUGUGAUCUGAGUUUGACUUUCUUUGCUUUGUGCAGUAUACUCCAGGAUAACUAAAUGACUAUUAAUGGAAAAAUAUUUUGGAGUUAAGGGCUCGGGGGAGGUGUGAAGAGCAUUCCAGGAGAGCCUGAGGGCGAUCUGCAGAUGGGCAGCCAGCCACGCGUCCCACCGACCUACACGUCCCGCACCCCAGCAGUAAACAUGGCACCCGAUGCCCUUUGCCUGCUCUGGAAUGCAUUUGGGCAAAGAUGUGCAUUACCAUGGUGAUCAUUUAUUCUAAGUCACUGGAAAAGAAGAAGGGUGUUGAUGUAACACCCAGUCAGUCACACUCAGAGCUGACUAUGAACAGAGGGACAACUCUUUUCUCCUUUGCCUCUGUGGAGGCCGAUCGAUGGCGGGACCUGGGGCAAGGGUGCGGCCUCCAGCAGGACGAGAGGAGUCCCAACCUGGAGAGCCUGUGGGGUACGCUGGCCGAGGUACGCCCAAGGAGCCCCUUCUGGGCCCGGGAGUCGGACCCAACCAACAUUCCCAUCACUGACCUGAUCCAGGACCUCAGCCUGAGUGACGUCAAAGCCACAUCUUCACCCUCGGCGGCGCCCCCUAGCAAACGACAGUGCCGCUCCCAUUCCCUCUCUGCGUGGCGGCCGCAGGGCUCGCGGGUGUGGAUGCCUGUGGAGAAGCGGCGUUGCCACAGCGGGGGGAGCGCACAGCGGGGCUCGGCCGGCCUGCCCGGGGGCUCGCCCACCAUGCAGCGGAGCUCCAGCUUCAGCCUGCCGGCCCGCUCCAACGCUCUCGACUUCUCCUGCUUCUCGUUCGCCGGCCUCCAGGAGCCUCCCAAGGCCCUCUCCCUGUCUCGGGAGCUGAUCAUCCCCACAGAGCCGCGGUACAGCUCGGCCUCCGGCUCUCCGGAGUCCAUGCCGGAGUUAGGCAGACGUCUGGCCCCGGGGGGGGGACUCUCCCGAAGCCGCUCGCAGCCCUGUGUCCUGAACGACAAAAAAAUCGGCAUGAAGCGCAGGAGGCCCGGUGAGGGCAAGGAAUCGAGGCCUUCCCUGGACUUGGCCAAGAUGACCCAGAAACUUUCCCUACGGAACUUCCAGAGUCUUAGCUGGCCUGGCAUCAGUGGGGUUGACGGCUGCCUGUCAAGUGAAGUACCGCCUUCCUACUGCAACACUGACCUCUGUGGGACUGAUUUCACCCCCGUGUGUGACCGUAACCCAGAUCCCGAACAGAAAAAUGGAGAUGGCAGGGGUAGCACGGACGACUUGUCAAACGAAGCCCUGGACAGUGAUUCCGUCACAUCAGAGGAUUUGACGGAUAAUGCAAAAGAAAGUGAUACAGAGAGGGAUGUCAGUCAGCUAGGAGGUGAACUGGACAUUGAGCAGAUUGAAAGGAACUGAGCACUUGGUUCUUUCAGAUGAUUGAGUUGACUGUGAAAGUAGAGGGAAGGGAUGAAGAAAGUGAUGACAUGGUGGCGAACAUUCAUAACUAUCAGAAGACUUGGUUUGCAGGGGCACUGCGGCAUGCCUGUAUGUGUCUGUCACUUGGGGUAUGGUCUUCUCCCCCCCCAUCCCCCUCUCUGGCUGCCUUUUCACCCUCAGGAGCAGGGAAUAGCUGGUAAGUUGGAGUCACCGCUUCCAUGGAAGAUGUAGGGGGAGGGGUUGCUCAGUAGGGACUUCCCAACCUCUCCAGCAACCUGACGGCUCCUGUGCAUCAAUAAGGAGCAAAUAAACAAAGAGGUUUGUAUAAAUUCUUGAUGACGGGCCGCAAAUGGCAUUCUUAAUACAGGGGCAUAUGAUGGCCUGAUGGAAAGGGCUUGGAGAGUGCCUCUUUCUGAUCAACACCUUCCUCGACAUACCGACACGCUUCAUAUUGCAAAAUUACUGGGCUGUAUUUUACAAGAAAAAUAAAUAAAAAAUAACAUGGAGUUUGCUCAGUUGGCCUGUUCUGCAUCUCGGAAAGAAAUUGUGCUUAAAGCAUUAAUUUGCAUUUCUACAGUUUAAUAUACAAAUUUCUAUUGGAAUAAACACUGAUUUUUUUAUUUUACUGUACUGCUAAUAUCUAUAUUUUUCUAAGUAUGAUUGUUAAAUGCAGUCUGUUUGUUUGAAUGGGGAAAAAUACAGAAAAGAUGUUUCUGUAACAACUGAAUAAACAUGCAGAUUGUUUUA